CCGCCGCCCCCCCUGCACCACGAGUGGACCUACGAGGAGCAGUUUAAGCAGCUCUAUGAACUGGACGAGGACCCGAAACGCAAGGAGUUCCUGGACGACCUAUUCAGUUUCAUGCAGAAGAGAGGGACGCCCGUGAACCGCAUCCCCAUCAUGGCCAAGCAAGUGUUGGACCUGUACACGCUGUACCGACUGGUGACGGACAAGGGUGGCCUGGUCGAAGUCAUCAACAAGAAAAUCUGGCGGGAGAUCACCAAGGGCCUCAACCUACCUACCUCCAUCACCAGCGCUGCCUUCACGCUCCGCACGCAAUACAUGAAGUACCUGUAUCCCUACGAAUGUGAGAAGCGGGCGCUCAGCUCUCCCGUGGAGCUCCAAGCUGCCAUCGACAGCAACCGGCGGGAGGGGCGGAGGCAGACUUUCGGCACGGCGCUCUUCAACUACUCCCCAGCUGGCACCCCAACCCUGCUGGGCUCCCCCAAAAUGCCUCUGCCGGCUCUCAGCAUCUCCACACACAGCUGCAGCCAGCUUGGGCAGGUGCAUGCUGUUAAGAAAGAGGAUGGCGUGCUGGCAGCGGCAGUGCCAGGGCGCAUCGCUAUCCCGGUGGGACUGGCCGGGCACCACCUCGCAGCGGCUCAAGCAGCAGGCCUGGAGCAGCUGCGGGAGAAGCUGGAGACGGGGGAGCCCCCAGAGAAGAAGUUGGCCCUGACAGCGGAGGAGCAGCAGCGGCUGGUGCAACACGCGCUGCAGCACAACCUCCUGGCCGUGGCCUCACAGUUCCCCAUGAAUGUCAAGAUCUCCAACCGAGAUGACAGACAGGAGACCGCAUUGAACCUGUCCACCAACGGCAUUAGCAGUAUCAACAUGUCAAUAGAAAUAAAUGGAGUUGUCUACACAGGGGUCCUGUUCGCCCGCCGGCCCUCAGCCCCUCCGGCACCCGGUGGAGGGAACACCCAGAGCCGGCCGAACCCCGUGCCCGCCCCAAACCCACUGCUCCCAGCCCCCUCGCACAGCCACACUCCUGCCAGCGCCUCGCCGUAG